CUCUUGGUUCUAAACUUUAACCUAACCUAAUCUCUAAACUAUGGUUGAGUGUUAGUUUAGUGGCAUUAGAUCUUGUUGCGUUACUAUCAUCAUAAUAAUCUUAUCAAGAUUUAGAAAAUCUUAAUCUUCCAAAACCCUAGAUUCAUGAAUGUAGGUUAUACAAAUGUCACUUCCUUACCAUAAAUAGUAAAACAAAAAUCAUUAAAAACCAAUGGUAAACCCAAAUCUCUGAUUGCCCAGCGUCCAUUUUAAGCCUCUGUUUCGAUCUGCACAACACACAUACACACAACACAACACAAACCACAGUCUCUCUUUCUCUCUCUAUCUAUCUUCUCUUUCUCUCUCUAUCUCUAUCACUGAAACCCAAAGAGAUCCACCAUUUGUUCUUUUUUCCUUCACACAGAGAACUGUUUUCUUCCACACUUCCUUUUUACUAGGCAGUGUUAACCAAUUGAGAGAGAAAAAUGAUGGUUGAUGAAAAUGUGGAAACCAAGGCCUCUACUUUAGUGGCAAGUGUUGAUCAUGGGUUUGGAUCCGGGUCGGGUCAUGAUCAUCAUGGGUUAUCGGCGUCUGUGCCUCUUCUUGGUGUUAACUGGAAGAAGAGAAGGAUGCCUAGACAGAGACGAUCUUCUUCUUCCUUUAACCUUCUCUCUUUCCCUCCUCCUAUGCCUCCUAUUUCCCACGUGCCAACUCCUCUCCCCGCACGUAAAAUUGACCCAAGAAAGCUAAGAUUCCUCUUCCAAAAGGAACUCAAGAACAGUGACGUCAGCUCUCUCCGACGUAUGAUACUCCCGAAGAAAGCCGCGGAGGCUCACUUGCCGGCACUUGAAUGCAAGGAAGGGAUUCCUAUAAGAAUGGAAGAUUUGGACGGUUUUCACGUUUGGACCUUCAAGUAUAGGUACUGGCCAAACAACAAUAGCAGAAUGUACGUGCUAGAAAACACAGGCGAUUUUGUGAAUGCUCAUGGUCUGCAGCUAGGUGACUUCAUCAUGGUUUACCAAGAUCUCUACUCAAACAAUUACGUUAUACAAGCAAGAAAAGCAUCGGAAGAAGAAGAAGUAGACGUAAUCAAUCUUGAAGAAGACGACGUUUACACAAACUUAACAAGGAUCGAAAACACUGUGGUUAACGAUCUUCUCCUCCAAGAUUUUAAUCAUCACAACAACAACAACAACAACAACAGCAACAGCAACAGCAACAAAUGUUCUUACUAUUAUCCAGUCAUAGAUGAUGUCACCACAAACACAGAGUCUUUUGUCUACGACACGACGGCUCUUACCUCCAACGAUACUCCUCUCGAUUUUUUGGGUGGACAUACGACGACUACUAAUAAUUAUUACUCCAAGUUCGGAACAUUCGAUGGUUUGGGCUCCGUUGAGAAUAUCUCUCUCGAUGACUUCUACUAGAUAAUCAAUCGAUGGGCUCAUGGUAUUCUUGAUGGUGAUCAGCUAUUUAAUAUCCUUAUAAUAUAUAUAAGAAUUAAAUGCAAUUUGCAUAUAUAUUAUCAAGUGUUGAAUAUAACAUUACAGUUUAUAUGAAAAUCAUAGCUAGAUGUGAGUCAUGAAGGUGUGUUGUAUUUGAUGAAUAAAUGUUAUUUAGUGUU